CUAAAGGCUUUCAUGUCAAUAAUGACAUUUAUUUUGUUAUUUACUUUCUGAGCUUUUCAUGUUCUACAACUUCAAAAUUAAAUUUGUUGUGCCCUCGCUAUAAAUUUAAGGAUUAUUUCUAAAUAUUGUCAUGGAACCCAAACAAGAUGAGGAUGAGCUUAUACUAGAUCCACCUCUCUUUGUCCCCUGCGACAUGGACAAGUUUCGAGAUCCUGCUAAGCAGGGAGUCAUUGUUGGAGCGUGUGAAGAACUGGACAAGUUGAGUGCACAGGAUGAGAUCAGUGUGUCAAGUAUAAUCUCGGCCUUGAUACGACCCAUCGAACCAUCUGAUGAGCAGUUCAAGCAGUGCGAUUGGGGCAUCGAUCCCAAGAGUUUUCUGCCCGUCAAGCAGGCUGUGAUCUUCAAGGAGCAGCUGUUCAUCUCGAAACUGCGCCACACCAACUGCAAACUGAGUGAGAAUUUGAAGAUCUUCUUCGAGCGCGAACUGCAGCAGAUCGGCAAGUUUUGCCUGAAUGUCGAGGAGGCGUACGAUGGCUAUGUGGUCUACAGCAGCAGCAAGAUGAAGAAGGGCAAAGGAAUCGCCGAGUGUGGCCAUCAGCUGAAAGGCAAAUACGACGAUCAGUUUCUGCUGAUCUGCGAGAAACGUUCGGAAUUCGAUCGCAUCGAUCAUGCGCUAGUCGAAAAGUCUUUGGAGGUUAGAAAUCAUGCAGAUCGUUAUCUCACUGCGAUUAGAGAGACGAAAAUCAAUGAGGAAUCGCAGAAAUUCAAGGCCACCGUGGACAUCAAAGAUCGCGAUCACACUUUCGUGCUGGACGGUGGCAUUAUGCUGCUAAUGCGGCAUCUGGUUUGUCACAACUUUGUGGGCACCUUCGAGUAUUAUACGAUGAAUCUCUACGGUCGUGUGAUGCGCUGCAAUCUGAUUGUGUCCAAGGAGCGCAAGUUAGUGCGCAUCUUCUAUCGCACUUACAAGAAUACCAUUCACAUUGUCACCCAGCAGUGCUUCAACGAUGAGCUGCAGGAUGUCGCCGAGACCUUUAUGACGCCCGAGGGUCGCAUUGUGUUGCACUUCUGGCGUGGCUACAACUAUUUGUUGCACGCUGCCUGCGCCUCGCAGAAGAAGAAGAAGGAGCGCAUCCUUCCCAAGUUGGAGUUGAUGUGGCGUCAGGAUUUGGCUUUGUCGCGCAGGUUUAAAGAGCUCAAGGCUUUGAACUACGAGAACUCCACAAAGUAUCUGGAGUCGAACUCGGAGCUGGCGGACUUUAUGCAGGACUAUGUGUUGAACAUUCUGCGCUAUAAGCCCAGCAAUGUGCUCGAGUUCUCCAUCAUGUUCUUCCAGAAUAUGGCCACGCCCAAGUAAUCGAUGCUGUUGUCUGAUAUCUCUGUAUCUUUUGAAUAAAAAUUUAAAGCUAA